CCAGCGACGGACCGCCCAGCAUAGGUGCAUGGGGAGCUCCGAAAGACUGAAAGAAAGAGAUGUGUUGUAGUAGUAGCAGGAACUAGGAAUCAGCCUGCAUGAUAACAACUUUCCCCUGUUUACAUUGUCUACAGCAGCGAUCGCUCUCACAGUCGCAGUACUGCAAAUGCACAAUCUCCCUCGAUUUUUUCUCUCUCUGUGUAGCCUACCACCUUGCUGGCUGCUACCUGCUGCUUGUUGUUCUGCUCUGAAUUCUGAAUCCUGAAUUCUGAAACGAAACUAAUUUCCUCUCCCGGCCGGCGGCCCGCUCGCUGCUUAUUCCGGCAGAACGGCCUCGAUCCCUCUUCCUCCUCUCCUACACUACCAUUACUGCCUGAGACCCUGCUCUGCUCCUUCCUGCUGCCAGCCUUCGCUCACUCUCACCUAUCUAUAGCUUAACUACUCCACCUGACACUCUCCUUCCUUCCUCUGUCUCUCACUCAAACUUCAAACUCUCACUCUCUUCCUUCUCCCAGCUUGCAACAGCUCGUUGCGUCGAUCAGCUCAAUCUCUCUCCCUCCAUAAUCCAUCCAUUAGAGCAGACAUUCAGAUGAAGAAGCAACACUGGUAUUCGCGCAGCCGCUCCGUGCCGGCCUCGCCGAGGAGGGGCCUCCCGGCCGACGCCAUGGCCAACCCGGGCUGCAUGUCCAUGGUGCACUACCUCAUCUUCGCCCCCGGCGCCGGCUGCGUCGGCCGCCCCCCUUCUUCCGACGCCGCCGCCACCGCCACCGUCAACAAUUCUCACCACGCCAUCGUUUCUCCUCCCACUGCCACCCCUUGCACCAAAGGGGGGUUGGAGGCGCCGAGGAACAGCCUGGAGCUGGAGGCCGACGAGCUUCGGGACAUCCAGAUCGGCGUGCAGAUCGAGCCGGCGUUCGACGCGCUGGCGGGGAGCAGCAGGAGGAGGAGCACCAGCAGCUGCAGGGCCACGGCGCCGUCCUCAGAAGCCGAAACGCCGCGGACGCCGAGCCUCGUGGCGCGGCUCAUGGGCAUCGACGGCCUCCCGGACUCGCCCUCGCCGUCGCCGGGUCUCAAGCAGCCGCGACCGUCCAUCGUGAAAGAGAAGAAGAAGCGCGUCAUCCCGGAGUCCAUGAACAAGCAGGAGCAGCCGCCGUCGAACUCGAACAGGCAGCCGCUGCGCAGCCUGAGCUGCAAUGUCGGCGCCGGCGACGCGCGGUCACGGUCGCUGCCGGACACGCCGCGGGCGUCCACGUCAUCGGCGGUGCACAGAGCGGCGGCGUGGGAGGAGGACACGGUGUUGGUGGACCGGCCGAGGCUGUCGCUGCAGGUGCUCAAGGAGAGCGUGCUGGACAGGGCGGCGCAGUACAUGUCCAUGCCCAACUCGCCCACCAAGAAGAAGAAGAAGGACGAAAGCCGGCGGCGGGACGCCAAGGAGCACGCGCGCGAGAUCGUGAGGCAGGCCAAGGAGACCGUCAUCACCAACCGCAGCAAGACCGGCUCCAAGCUCAAGCCCACGAGCGCCGGCAGCGACAAGGAGAACACGGCUCCAUAUGUUGCCGUUGAAGACAAGAUGGUCGUGGCUGUACAACUGCAAGUCCAAGCAGGGGCGCCGGCGCCGGCAUCGGCACCGAGAGCGCUUGCCGAUCAGCAGCAGCAGCCACACGCCCCGAGGCUCCCACCGCCUCCAUCACUGCGAGCGAAGCCGUCGCGGCCGCCGCCUCCGCCGCCGCCACCGGAUCACCCAACACCCAUUAGAGCGGUUGCGCCGGCGCCGCUUUCGCCGCAGGCCGUCAAGUGCAAGAGACCACCGGACGGGUGCGAGCGGUUCGCGACGCGGACGAUCAGGAAGCCCGGCGCCGGCGCAGCAGCAGCUGCAGCCACAAUCCACCAGGCGGCACCACAAGCAUCAUCUUCCGCCGCGGCCCCAUUAACGCCGGCAAGCUCCUCAAUCGGCCAACAUCGCACCGCCCAAUCCGCAGCGUCGUCAUCCAGGAGAGGGGUGCCGCUGCCGCAGGAGGAAGACGACCCCGAGUACAGCUACCUGCGGUGCGUGCUAGAACGCGGCGGGUUCAUGCGGACGCCGCCGCCAAACCGGCCAUUCAAGGGCCACUCCGUCUCGUCCCCAAUCGACCCGCUCGUGUUCCACCUCCUGGAGCUCGACCUCCCCAUGGAUGACGAAGACUCCGACAACUACCACCGGCUCGGCCCGCUCCGGCACCGGUGGAACCGGAAGCUGCUCUUCCACCUCGCCCAGGAGAUCCUCGCCGACAUCCUCCUCGCCUCGACGCCAUUGUUGAUCCUGCAGCAGCAGCAGCAGCAGCACGGGCCGGCGCUGCUGGGGAAGGUGUGGAGGAAAGUGAAGGCGUUCCCGGCGGCGGACUGCAGGGUGGUGGGCGACAUCGACGCGCUCGUGGCGGGCGACCUGGCGGCGGCGAGCGUGCGCGGGCUGGCGAGGCACCCGGCCGUGGCGGAGGAGGCCGCCGACGUGGCGGACGACGUGGCCGAGCGCCUCCUCGACGCGCUCCUCGCCGAAUCUCUCCCGUCGUCACCCUUGGUCGCCUUCACGUGCACCCAGGUGUCAGCUACUGAGCUCGCCUAGCGAAAGCUAGCCGUUGCAGUCAGGUGACGCGGGGGUGACGUCACCCGAUCCCCCACGGAAACAGCGGGGGCGCUGACACCCAUGCCUCCUCCUCCGCCAGCUUGUCAGUCUCUCUGAGAAAUAUUAACCGCUGUCAGAUGUAGAUCGGCGUCCUGUUCAACGGCCGAGAUGACGACGGCUGGCAGGGUGCUUUGAAAUGCGUGCCGCGCAGUCACGGUCAAUCUCAACAGGACUCUCAAAUGGCUUCGUGCCUGCGGUUCGUUUUACUGCUACUCCUGGUAGUGAAGCUAAAGUGUACUACUCAAAACACUUUCUCUCUAUUUUCUAUCUUCCUUUUAGAUUUUGGGGGUUUGUGCGUAUAUAUACGAUGGAUAUGAUCGGUCCGUCUCAGCUCAGCUUGUAAUCUUGAUCAACACUGGAGAAAAUAUAUAUUGGUUUCGUCUUUAUUUUA